CGCGCUACAGAGACGCUAAUUUUCGAACCUCAGUGGUCCAGAGGAUGCUAUGACACCCAAGCGGUCGCUCGCGAGUGCAGAUGCGGAGAUCCGCGAAGGUGCCGUCGACAGUUUCAGCUGAGGGACGAUUUAGUGACAUUUGUGACGGGUCGCCGUGGUUGUUUUUUUUUCCCCCUCCCACCCUCGAAGUGGCUAACGAUGCGGGAAAGCGAGUCCCCGCGAGUCUGAAACAAUCGGUACCAAUAAGCCCGCGAAAAUGAAAAACAUUGUCCUGAUCGGUGCGUGGCUCGUGCUCGCGGUGACCGGGGGCGCGUUCGGCUCGUGGAACCCGUGGAGUAGCGUCUGGACGACGCUGUACCCGAACGAGCCGGUGGCGGUGGUGGACGAGUGCACGGCUUGCGCCAAAAACAGCGUGGACGGGCUCGAGCACGACUCUAUACUCAACGAGCUGAGGAUCGAGUACGUCAAGCAGCAGAUACUGAAGAAGCUCCGGCUGGACAAGCCGCCCGAGGUGUCGCUGAGCCUGUCGACGCUGCCCAAGCCGCUGGUCAACGGUCACGUGCUGGACUUCAAGCCCGGCGAGCCGCUCGAGCCGCAGAUACCGGCCGAGAGCUUCUACGGGAAGACCAACCAGAUCGUCGUCUUUCCCAACGAAGGUAUCCCUUAUUCGAAAAAAUGUCGGCAGAGCUCGAAUCACAUAACGGGUUUCAAUCCGGCGGUGUGUUUCACGUUUUUCCUGCCGAACGAAAUGCAAUACGUAGGCGUGACCUCUGCUGAGCUCUGGUUUUACAAGGAAAACGAUAUAAACGACAGCUUCAAUCAGACGUUUGUACUCUCAGAGCUCGACCAUUGGGAUCAGAGAGGCAGUUUUGAAAAGAACACCAUCAUGGCUAUUUUCGAGACUACGACAGGAGAAGGCUGGGUAAAAACGGACGUAGGGUUCCCUGUGCGCAAGUGGGUUGAGAAGCAGCGGCUCAACCACUCGAUCCAGAUAGCUUGCAGCACGUGCACGAUAGAGCGCAACACCGCCCCGGUUUCGCUGGAGAAGACCCUCAAGCCUUUUCUGGUGAUACAAACGGAGCCCUUGCCCCAACGCUACAGGCCGAAACGCAACUCCAAUUGCCAGCCUGAGUCAAAGGAGUGCUGUAGGGACGAGCUUUACAUCAGCUUCGAGGACAUUGGCUGGAACGACUGGAUACUACACCCGAGCGGCUAUCACGCCUACUUUUGCCGGGGGUCGUGCUCGACCGCCGUUUCUCUAACCAUGAGCGGGACACAUCACAACGACGUUAUCAGGAGGUUGUUGGCACACGGGAAGUUCAUCCAUCGGCGAAACGAGAUCGUCCCUUGCUGCUCGCCCACGCAACUCUCGCCGAUCCAACUGCUGUACGUCGACUCGAACAACACCAUAACGCAAAAAACCCUACCGAACAUGGUUGUGGAAGCUUGCGGAUGUAUGUAGCCCAAUGUCGAGAGCUUGCAAUCAUUGGUUAUCGAUGUGUGAUGUCGGACUACUUUUUUUUUUUUUUUUUUUUUUUCUUUACCAUAUUAUGGAUUCUCAAUGUUACUCGUUAUUUGCCGGCAAUCGAUGGUCUUCCGCGAAUGCAAUGAACUUACUUGCGAGAAAAUUAUUGAUAACAUGUCAAUGUCUCCGACCAAAGCAGUAUUUCUUCGAUCCACAUAAAAUACGUACAUGUACAUCUACUUGGACGUGAAUAUCAAUAUCAAUUUAAUGCCCGUAUCUACAAGUGUGCCAUGAAAAAAAAAUUUUAACGCAAAUAAUGACUCAUGUUGCGUCAGUGUUGUUUUCUAUCUUGUUGUUUAACGAUAAUGCUUGUGAGUACAAUUAUGUAAUUUUCAGGGUUUUUGUUUUCGGUAUCGACGACCAUCUACUUCUUACUGGAUUUUUGUACAUCUACAACCAUAAAAGUGCCACUGGCUUAUGUGGCUAAAUUUUUACGGCAAAAUAAAUUAAAGUAGGAGUAAAUUGUGGAGUACUGAUUUGCUUUCUUCAUUAUUCACAAAUUUAAUUGAAGUCAAGUUAAUCUUUGUUGACUUUAAGUAUUAUGUCAUUUUUGAAGUGAUACUUUUCACUCGAAGACUACACUUAUUCCGAAUAAUUUUUGGUAAUCAAUUGUCAAAUGAAAAAUAAAUAAGAUAGAAAUCGUCUCAGUAUUACACAACUUUAAAUUCGUUAUCGAGAAGAAAACUUAUUUCUUCAGCAAAUUUUUUUUUUUUUUUUUUAAUAUUCAAACCUCCAACGAAUGUAUGUAUUAAAAAACAUACGCACCGACUCGAGCGGCUUAGCCAUACGUGAUAUGGAAAUAGUUGGGCUGUCGAGAUGAUCAAUGCAAAAGAUAAAAAAAAAAAUCAUGUUAUCGUCACUUUGUAACAUAGAAUUGAGAUUAAAGUUAGGCUCUACAUGUAUUUAUUUUGAUUUUGUUUUUUUUUUGUUUUUGUUUUUUCAAGCUGUAAAUAUCCAUUAAUAAUCUAAUUUGUUCUUCGUUGCGUAACUGCUUCUUUGUCCGCACAGUUAAUUCCGUGUGCAUAUACAUAUAUAAACACACACACACACACACACACACACAUAUAUAUAUAUUUAUAUAUAUAUAUAUAUACGUUCAAGGAUAAGCAGCUGGCUUCGCGAGCGAAUUUCGGGUACGUCAUAGUGACUUUUUUUAAAAUAAUUAAUAAAUUAACCUUAAGGCGUAAAAACAUAUAUUUUUCCUUCUAUAUUAAUUCGAUCUAAAUUUAACAUCGCUAUUGUAUUGUCUAGUGAACUGACAAAGGAAUGCGCAUAUAUAUUGUUAUUAACGAGGCUACGACUGAAUUUGUAACCUCGAUGACGAGGAUAUAGCUGUAGAAGGAAAAAAAAAAAAAAAAAGAAGAAGAAUAAUAAAUAAAGUUGCCAAUGCAAGUCAAUUGAGCAAAUUGAACACAAAUGCGAGUUACUUGUAAUGAACGAUAAUGCAUUUUUAUGUUCGCUAAGAGAUGCGUACUUAACUGUAGUUGGCGAGAGAAAGAGAUAGAGAGAGGGAGAGCCAAUUUGCAACUGAUAAAUGCAAAACUCCGCACUACACGUACUAUAAAUCAUAUUUAAUUUCCUACUAAUGAACUGGAUUGCUAAUUAAACCAGCAUUUCAAACAA